AUGAACAAUUUAAUAAAAUUAAAUAAUUCAUUGUCUAGAAAAUUUAUAAUUUCAAUAUUUACAUAUUUCUCAAUAUUAUUUUCUACAUGUUUAUCAUAUAAUAAUGAUGAUAAGAACCUUCAAAAAAGUAACAUUUUCAAUAAACGAGAACCAUUAAAAAAUGAUACAGCUUCAGAUACAUCAAAUAAUUAUAUGAAUGAUAUGCUAAAUGAGACAUCAACAUUGCUUUUAGAAAAUAAAAUAACAUUAAUAGUUGUUGGAGCGGUGUUUUUUAUAUUGGUGAUUUUUUAUUUUUAUGCUCGGGGGAAACAUAAGGAGGGAAGAAAUACAAUUAUAUUUACAACAACAUUGAUUAUAGUAGAUUUAAUAUUAGAUCUUGCAUUUUUAACAAAUAAUAUACUUAGACCCGAUGGUAGAUAUUUACUAAUUCCAAGUUUGGUGGCACUUGCUUUACCAGCUGGAGUCAAUUUAUUACUGGCAUUGACAAUAAUUAUUAACCAAAGUCGCAAAAAGAACAAUCUAGAGUUUAAAGCUUGGUUACGUAGUCAUACAGGUUUUGCUUCUGCAAUGACAAUUUUAUCAAUGUUAAAUAUUGAGGCCUUGAGGAUAUUAAAUUCAAAUUUUUUAGAUAAAGAAAUUUUCAGUGCUAAUUUUAAUCGAAAAGCUUUAAAAUUAAUCAUUAUUGGUGGUUUGAUUAAUAUGUUUAUUGAAGAUAUACCACAACUUGUAAUUUUAAUUAUUUAUAAACAUGGAAGAAAUGAAUUAGAAUUCAUACCAUUUUUAACAUUAGUAUCAAGUUCAAUAUUAUUAUUGACUCAUGAGAAAACUUUGAUGUAA